AUGAAAACCAACGUAAAACAUGAGAUUGAACGCAACUUUUCGAUUUUACAACGGGCGUUUGGAACGCUGAAAGUAACCACGGCCUUACCGGUGAAAGGUCUGAUGGAAGGACGAGCUCAAUACAAAUAUACAAAUUGGUUUUACAAGUUUUACAAUGUCAACUACAAUUCGCAACAAGCUGAGCUGAAGCAACUUGAUUCCAAGCAACAGGACUCGCUGCGAAUUGAGCAGGGGCAACAGGAGAAGAAGCGACUUGAGCAAAAGCGACUUGAGCAGAAGCGACUUGAGCAGAAGCGACUUGAACAGGAGCGUCUUGAGCGGGAGCGAUUAGAGCAGGAGCGAAUUGACCAAAUGAGACUUGAGCAGAAGAGACUUUCGGACAAGAGGCUUGAACAGAAAAGACUUCAGCAGGAGCGACUAGAGCAGAAGAGACUUCAGCAGAAAAUGCUUCAGCAGAAGAGACUUGAGCAGAAGAGACGAGUUGAGGAGAUGAAACUUGAGCAGCUGCGACUUGAGCAAGAAGCUGCUGAGAAGAAGCCAAAAGAUAAUGAGCAACAUGAUAAUAAUCAGGAAGUGACCAUUGGUGACCAUUUGCAGAAUUGGCAGGUAACUAUAGAGCCCCUUCAGACCGCUGACGAAAACGAACCAUUUGAAGCGAACAGCGGCGAACCAGUUCCUUUUGACGAGAGACCAAUUCAUGCAAUCAAGAAAGCAAUUCCUUCUGAUGAGAAACCCAUGCCUACCGAUAAGAAACUCACUUCUUCGGAUGAAAAACCAGUUCCUUUUGACGAGAGAUCCAUUCAUUCCAACAAGGAACCAAUUCCUUCAAUCAAGGAACCAAUUCCUUCAAUCAAGGAACCAAUUACUGCAAACCAGGAACAAAUUAUUCCUUCAACUAAGGAACCCAUUCCUACAAACAAAGAACCUAUUCCUGCAGUCAAAAAACCAACUCUUUUAGACGAACCAAUUUCUUCAAACAAGAAAUCAACUCCUUUAGACCAGAAACCAGUUCCUUUAGACCAGAAACCAAUUCCUUCAAACAUGGAACCAAUUCCUUCAAACAAGGAGAAAAUUAGUUCAAACAAGGAACCAAUUUCUUCAAAUAAGGAAUCAAUUUCGUUAAACAAGGAACCAGUUCCUGCAGUCGAGAAAACAACCCCUUUAGACGAACCAAUUCCUUCAGGCAUGGAACAAGUCACUUCAAGCAAGGAACAAAUUACUUCAAACAAGAAACAACCUACUUCAAACAAGGAAGAAAUUACGUUAAACGAGGAACCAAUUCGCUCAACCAAGGAACCAAUUCCUUUAACCAAGGAACCAAUUCCGUCAAAUAAGGAACCAAUUUCCUUAAACAAGGAAUUAAUUCCUGCAGUCGAGAAAACAACUUUAGACGAACCAAUUCCAAUUUCUUCAGACAAGGAACCAAUUCCUUCUGGCAAGGAACCAAUUCCUUUAGACGAGAAACCAACUGAUAUUUUUUCCGAAGAAGCUGUUGUCUCUUCCGAAGGAUCUACUUUACCAGCUCUUUCGGAGGAUACACCAUCAUUAUCUAAGAAGACACCAGUUCAUCCAGAAGAAACACCACCUUCAUGUAAGCAAACACCCACUCUUUCUGAGAAAAUAGCAUCUUCAACUGACAUUACCACAGUUCUUCAAGACGAAAUAUCAUCUCCGACUGAGCAGACACCUGAUUUUCCAGACAAAACACCAUCUCCAUCUAAUCAGACGCCCGAUAUUGCAGACGAAGUACCAGCUACAACCGAUAACACAGCAGCCAUUUCAGUCGAAGUACCAUCUUCAUCUGACACUACGCCAAUCCCUUCAGACGAAAUACCAUCUAAAUCUGAGCAGACAGCAGAUAUUUCAGACGAUAUUCCUCCCCCAUCUGAACACACACUAGACCGUCUAGACGAUAUACCAUCACCAUCUAAUCAGACGCCCGAUAUUCCAGACGAAGUAUUACCUUCAAUCGACAACACAACAGUUCUUCCGGACGAAAUACCAUCUCCAUCUGACACUACGCCAGGCCCUUCGGACGAUAUACCAUCUAAAUCUGAGCAGACACCAGAUCUUUCAGACGAUAUACCUCUCUCAUCUGAACAGACACUAGACCGUCCAGACGAUAUACCAUCACCAUCUAAUCAGACGCCCGAUAUUCCAGGCGAAGUACCACCUACAACCGAUAACACAACAGGCGUUCCAGAGGAAAUAUCAUCUCCAUCUGACACUACGACAAUCUUUUACAGACGAAAUUCCAUUUCUCUCUGA